UUCUGUUGACCGGGGCUAAUUCUGCUCCUAACCAAUCCCUGUGUCAGGAAGAGCAUGGCAACAUGAGCAACGCUGAGAUAAUUGGUUCUACUAAUCUUAUAAUUCUGCUAGAGGAUGAAAUCUUUGCCGAUUUUUUCAACACAUUUCUUUCGCUUCCGGUUUUUGGUCAAACACCAUUUUACACUGUUGAAAAUUCACAAUGGAGCUUGUGGCCAGAAUUGCCUUAUAACUUGGUUGCCAAGUACAAAGGAUUAUUGACGUGGUUGGAAAAAUACCGGUUACCUUUCUUCUGUAAAACAAACUUGUGUUUCCAUUAUAUUCUCUGUCAGGAGCUUAUCAGUUUCAUUAAGUCCCCAGAAGGAGCCAAGAUGAUGAGGUGGAAAAAGGCGGACGAGUGGCUGCUCCAGAAGUGCAUCGGCGGGGUCGGAGGGAUGUGGCGCUUCUGCUCCUACCUCAAGGGCAGUGCAGGUGAAGAGUUGGUGGAUUUCUGGAUCCUUGCCGAGAAGAUCCUGAGCAUAGAUGAGCUGGACCUGGAAGUGAGAGACUACUACCUGUCCCUCCUGCUCGUGCUAAAGGCCACCCAUCUGCAGGAGGGUUCCAGGGUGGUAACUCUCUGCAACAUGAACAUCAAGUCCCUGCUGAACCUCUCCAUCUGGCAUCCUAACCAGUCAACCACCAGGAGGGAGACCCUGAGCCACAUGCAGAAAGUAGCUCUGUUCAAACUCCAGAGCUAUUGGCUUCCCAACUUUUACACCCACGCCAAGAUGGCCAUGGCCAAGGAGGAAGCGUGCCACAGUCUGAUGCAGGAGUAUGAGACUCGCCUGUACAGCAUUUGCUGCACCCACGCAGGGGGGCUCCCUCUGAACAUGACCAUCAAGGCAUCCCUCCACUUUCAGAAGCGGUACUCGAGCAGGAAAGCCAAGAGAAAGAUUUGGCAACUGAUAGAUUCUGGCUCUUGGUCUCUGGACAUGGACGUUGAGCCAGACUCCAACAUCAUGGCCCCACAGGAGAUGUGUCCUCAAGAGAAGGAGGUUAUACAAGCGCCCUCCCUAAAAGUGGCGUCUUCAAAGGAGAGAGCAGUCAGUCCCCUGGGAAAGGACAGUCACUGUGCCAGGAAGUGCCGCAUGAAGAAGAAAGCCAAGAGUCACCUCCACAUGGAGGGCCUCUUUGAGACGAAGUUCUCCACCGACCUGAGGACUGCCACCCCCAUCAUCAAUUAUUCCUCCCAUCAAACUAUGAAGAAGGCCAUGAGGCAAAACCUCUCCAUCGGGUACACCCACUGGGCCUUGUGUGCUGAUGCCUAUGCGGGGAAUCCUUUCCGGAACCACCUGAAGCAGCUGGAUUUGAAAGUGGAGAUCCGACUUCUGGACCUCUGGCAGGACCUGCACCAUUUCCUCAGUGUUCUGAUGAAUAACCGGAAGAACGGGGAUGCCAUAUUUCGUCACAUGCUGGGUAACAGAAUCUGUGAGCUCUACCUGAAUGAGCAGAUCGGUCCACGCUUACCACUCAAAUCCCAAAUCAUUAAGGGCCUGAAGGAAGUGCUGCCUUCUGGGACUGUGAACCCCUGGAUUCCCAAAGCCCAGAAGGAGAUCUGCCAGAUGCUCGGCCCCUGGUAUGAUGAAUUCCUGAAAGAAGAGGACUACUGGUUUCUCGUUUUUACAACUCAGCACAAGCUCGUCAGUGCCAAGUGGCAUAAAAGAGACUCCAUAACCAAAGAAGAGAAUGCCCUUCUUUAUAAGAGGAUUCAGAAAUCUCUGGAGUUAAGCCAGGCUUUGGCUAGCAUGGAGGAAAUGGAUUCUAUGCACUGGCAAAAGAUAGCUACCGAAGACCUGAGACAAGGAGGGUCUCUCCAGGUAGAGCUGUUGUCUCCAGUGUUUCUAGUCGAUAUGAGCAAAAUGUCCUUUUCGGAACUCUGCUUUAAGAAUCCAAAGAUGGCCAUAGAGAAGAUAAGUGAUGACUACAAAACAUAUUGUGAGAAAGCACCCCCAGUAGAUUUUUCACUAGAAUUUAUCAAGGAGCCAAAGAAACACGUACCCUCACAAACGAAAUUGCCCCCCUCCAGAAGAAGCACUUUAAGGAAGCCCUCACUUAGACCCAGAAACUUGGCAGAAGUCCUCCUAAAUGCACAGCACUUGGAGUAUUUCAGGGAGUUCCUCAGAGAACGGAAGGCUGAAAGCCCGUUGCAAUUCCUGAUAGCCACACACAAGAUCAGCACUGAAACCAAUGAAAGGAUUCAUAAGUCUCUUAUGGAAAAUUUAACCAGGACUUUCUUCCAUGGCAAACUCUCUCCUGAAGAAAUGCUGCAGUGCGACGUCCCUAUGGUCAAAGAAACCGCUCACAUGCGUCAAAUCACCACGACCAUGCUGCUGAUGCUCCAGGGCUAUGUCAUGAGAUCGCUGGAAGAAAAGUGGUUUAAAGAUUACCAAGAACUGUUUCCACCUCGCCUUCCAGAGGUGGAACCUCAUACACAAACUGCUUCACCCAGGAAGCCCUCGAAGACAACAACAGUUCACCAACAAGUCUCCCAGGAGGAGAAAAAGAAGGAAGAAAGAGGAGUCGGGAAUGUUUCUCAGAAGAGGGGCUGGCUGAAAAUAACCAGCUUUAUCAGGAGCUUUUGCAAGUACCGCAGAUUUAUGUUGAAUCCUAGUAAGCGCCAGGAAUUGGAAGACUAUCUUCACCUGGAACUGCAACACAGAGAAAAUUUCUCCACAUCGCCAUCCAACACACCAGGACGUCCAGUCCCAACCGGCACAAAUGUCCGGAAUACAGAACAAGAGAAUGGAGACGCCAACCUUAUAAAGCGCCGCAUAUAUGGCCACAGGGUCAUCAUCGUUAACUUUGCAGUCAAUGAUUUAUAUUUCUUUUCUGAAAUGGAGAAAUUUAACGAGUUGGUGAGUUCGGCUCACAUGCUGCAGGUCAACCGAGCAUACAAUGAGAAUGAUGUGGUCCUAAUGCGGUCCAAAAUGAACAUUAUUAUGAAGCUCUUCCUGCAUUCUGACAUCCCUCCAAAGCUGAGGGUGAAUAUCACUGAGUCCCAGAAGGACACCAUCCUUAUUGCCAUCGCAGAGGGCCAUCUGGAUCGCAACAUCUUCCACCCGUCUAUCAUGGCUAUCUUCCCCAUUGUCAUGUACUUCUGGAAAAGGUUUUGUUCCUGGAAGGCAAAGCGCUCUUACUUACAGUACAGGGGCAAGAAGGUCAAGGAGAAAAGAAGUCCUCCCAAGGCUGCGUACAAGUACCCUCAUCCGAGUGGAGGAGACCAGGUCAUCUUAAGGUUCACCUUGCUCAGAGGUGUUGAGUGGUUGUGGCCUCAACAUCGGGAAGGAGGGACAAGUACAGCCGCAAAUUCUUCAUCAACCAACCUUACCCAGCCAAGACUUGUGCUUUCUAACAUGCAGCUGUAUCCUGUCCAGGGGCACAAAGGAGUACCCACCAUCAAAAAGGAGAGGAAGUAAUCAAGUCAGGCCCCCAACAGAAGCAAAUCAUCUCUCCGAGGCCUCCUGACACUGACAGAACCUUUUCUGGAAUCUCAUACAACCCGCUCAGACCAGAGUGACAGAAAGAGGCGGAGGAAGGGACAAAGAGCGAGAGACUGAGAUCUGCCUCCGCCGGCAGAAGAGCCUGUUCAGACACGUGUCAGAGAGUGACGUGCAGUCUCCCCUCUGUCUGCAGAAGUAUGAAAAAAUGUCUGUCCCUCUUUUUGAGUGCCUCCAAUGGAUCCAAGUGUCGCCCAGAGGAGGGGGCAGCCGGUGUGUGCAGCCCUUUGGGGUGCCCGUCCUCACCCCAACACCUCACCCGGGGCUGCAGGUCAUCAGGCAGAAUAAAGGAUGUCGCAUUCAGCA